CCGAACUGGGACUUAGCCUAUAUUUGGUUCAUGUUUAUCAAUUAAAUAUAGUAAUACUACUUACUUAUUCAUUAUCUAUUUUCAUCUAUUUAUAAUUUAAAUAGUUUAUAAUUACUUUCAAAAUAUGCUUUUAAUCUGUACAUUCAACAUCAAAUUUAACACUGAAAGUAUUAUCGAGCUAGAAAUAAUUCAUUGCACAAUGAGGAAUUGAUAUAACUAAAAAAUAAUUAUGUGGCCACAUUAAAGAAUUGGUGGAUAAAGGGCACCAAAUUCUGGCUUGAUACCAACAGUUACAGUUAUUGCAGUUAAAUUGUUCUGUGUGUUUUAGAAAACAAACAGCUUCACCGUAUUUUUCAGCAAUCCAAGAUAUACUCUCUCUCUCGCUCUCUCUCUGGAGUUCUGUAGAAUAUCUAUUCUUUUUUCUACCAAAGCAAAGAAAAAAGAGCGUCCCUUUGUUAUUCAAUAGCUGUAGCCACUCUCCCCAAGUCUCGGAGGUCAAUGACGUCUUGCCCUGCUAAUUAAAGGUAGGAGAAAAUUCCACAUCAGAAGUCCAGUAGAGCUGUUCAUCCUGAUAUUUGCCACAGUAAGAGGGAGCUCUUCAUCCAGCGUGAUUGGUGAAGCCGGGGAAGAUUAGCCAGUCAUCAACUUAACAAGUAGGUAGGAGCUCCGCAUCAAGCAGGUCGGGUGGAGUUGGGGAUGGUCACUCCAUCCAAAAAUUUGAGCUAUGAGGGUUAGGUUAAAUGGCCAACUAGCCACAUGGUCAGUUGGCAAGGUUGUGUUGGGAGUAUGCUGGUUGAUCAGACAACUGUCCCUCUAGGUGGUCAGAGCAAAUAACCUUGGAAUGCAAAAAUUAUGGAUGGAAAUUCUUUCUUGUGAUGCUGGCAGCUGCUGUUAUAUUGUAAAUAUUAGAAGAAAAGUGGUCAAGAAAAGCCCAAGCUUGCAUCAACUCAAGCUUCCACGAGAAACAAGGUUCUUUAGUGUUCCAAUUAAAUCUGAUAGCAAGUGUUUGCAAUAUUCUCAUCCACAUCAUUAUAGCUUUAGGAAACUUAACAAUUCUCAACCUUCUAGAACUGUGGUUGUUCUUAAGAGAGAUGAACAUAUCAAUUCACGAGUCUCAGGUGAAACUUAUAGCUCUUUUGUACUUGAUGGGGAAGAAGGUGUGAACAAUGUGACUGGUAGAGGCAAAUCAGUUUCUAUGGUCUUGAUUCCUAGUUUGCCAGAUGAAUCCAACGGUGAUUAUGUAGCUCCUAUUAGCAGCUCUUCCUCAGAAUGGAAGCCCAAACUGACUGUCCAUUAUGAAAAAUCAGGUUCAGAAAAUGUUGAUUCCCCACCUUUGCUCUUCCUUCCUGGGUUUGGCGUCGGCUCCUUUCAUUAUGAAAAGCAGCUAAAGGAUCUUGGUCGUGAUUUCAGAGCCUGGGCUAUUGAUUUUCUUGGUCAGGGCAUGUCAUUGCCAUGUGAAGAUCCAACUUUUGGAUCCAAUGGUGGAGAUAAACUUGAAUCAGAUAGACAGGAUAUCAUCUGGGGUUUUGGAGAUGAAACUGAAACUUGGGCAGAGGAACUUGUUUAUUCUGUCGACUUGUGGAGGGACCAAGUGAGCUACUUCAUAGAAGAGGUUAUAAAAGAACCAGUCUAUCUUGUGGGAAAUUCGCUUGGAGGGUUUGUUGCAAUCUAUUUUGCAGCAUGCUACCCUCAGUUGGUGAAAGGUGUAACCUUGCUCAAUGCAACUCCCUUUUGGGGAUUCUUCCCAAAUCCUGUCAGAUAUCCAAGAUUAUCAAGACUAUUUCCAUGGGCUGGGACAUUUCCUCUUCCUUCAAUAGUCAGAAAGCUAACAGAAAUUCUAUGGCAGAAAAUUAGUAAUCCUAGAAGUAUUGAGCAAAUACUUGACCAAGUCUAUGUAGAUCAUGCGACUAAGGUUGAUAAGGUAUUUUCUCGUAUAAUCGAGACAACACAGCAUCCUGCAGCUGCUGCCUCGUUUGCCUCGAUUCUGUUUGCUCCUCAGGGUCAAUUAUCCUUCAAUGAGGCUUUGUCUAGGUGUCGAAUGAACAAUUUACCUAUUUGUCUGUUGUACGGGAAGGAAGAUCCUUGGGUGAAGCCAAUCUGGGGCUUACAGGUGAAACGGCAAGUGCCAGAAGCACCAUAUUAUGAGAUUAGCCCUGCUGGUCACUGCCCUCAUGAUGAAGUUCCGGAGGUUGUGAAUUUUUUACUACGAGGGUGGAUACAAUACCUGGAGUCACAGGGGAGUAUUGCAUUGCCUCUUCUUGAUACCCCACAGAGUGUUCGUUAUGAUUUUGCCUGGGACUUGGAAUUUAUUAGAGAAGGGUCCAGAAAAUCGACUCGGGUAAAAUUCCUCAUGCCCAGUUUCUCUAUCUGGAAUCGGCUGAUCUCUCGUUUCAAAUCUGGAUUUGAAAACUGUGGAACCGAUUCUCAAUAAAGAGAGCCCCCUUCUUCCAUGACUCAGAAGAUUAUGUAAAUUCUGCUGUUACUCAUUCUUGUAUCCUAAAUAGAUUGUCCCCUAUUCUGAAGCAAUUCGUAAUCUUUGUGUGCAGCUCGUUUCGCUCAGUUCAUUCUUGUAUCCUUAAUAGACCCUUGCUCAUGAACUCGACAAGUCAUAGGAAUCUUGGGGAAUCCAACAAGAUUGACUUAACUGGGGAUCUGGAGCUUUGAUAAAAUGUCUUCAUUUUCAGCAAAUAAGUUGUGACCAACUUGAUGGCCUCACCAAAACGAACACCUUUGUAAAGAAAGCCAUGGCUGCCUCUGCCUAAGAGCUUUGAGUGCGAGAAAACUUCAUCGCUGCCUUAGUAAACAUGCCAAUAUACAAUGAACAGUUUUAUCAUAAUGUUGAACCAUCAUAUCAAGAAACCCAAUAAAAAAUUUAUUGUUUAAUCAAUGACAAAAGGAUAAUCUAUGUUUUGGUCGGCCGUACAAUUCAACACAUGUAAAAUUCACUCUGGAAAAAGCUACAACCGAACAUAGUCUAUCAGAACAUAUCUAUAUUUCAGGCCUACAUAUAUUAUGUGAAAAACAAUCAGCAGCGUCUAUUGAUGUCCUUGGAUCUUGUCUUCAACUGCUCUUGAAAAUCCACGACUUCAAAGCCAAAAGAGAUCAUGGGGGGCCAAAGAACUAGCAUAAAAAUGAAACAAAUACCCAGCAUGGUAUCUCAAGAUGUCAUUUCUUGUGUACUCAGGGUCAAUUUGUUGACAUAAUUCCACAACUAAAAGGAUUGACAAAUCAGAAUCUAAACGUUUGCAGCGGAGCAGGGCUACGAAUUUAUCUCGAGUUCUGCCUUGUCUUGAUCAUUCGUUUGAGAGUUGCCAGCCAGAAGUUGCAUUCAUCCCAAUCGCUAGUAGUGAGAAGUGCCUGGAUCUGAAGGGCAGUGCUAAAAUCGCCGUUGUCCAAUGCUUGACAGAGUUGUACAAGCCUUU